CGAUGCUAAUCCGUUUCAAGAAGGCGUCGCAACAACAACCAACAAAACCCGACAAAUCAAGAUCACGAUCAUCCUGUUGCUGUAGCUGCACCUUCAUGCUCCCCUGUAACUUUCUUCGAUUAACUAUUUCCUUUCGUUUCUUUGCUCCCCAACUUGUUCCCUUUUCCACCAUAAAAUGGCAUCCGGUGUAUAUCGGUGAAAUGGUGGACGAACUGCGCCCACAGGUUGAACUUUACCAGUGUAAUUUGUGUUGCCGUGCACAAGUGCAAGUGCAAGUGUUUUCGCUUCCGCUGCAUGUAUGUCCGCACCCUAAACGCUCUGUACCACCCUUUCCUGUUACACCCACGGCGAAUCGUAUCAUCUUGAUAUUAUUAGAACAGCGGGUACUGUUGCUUUCGGUGAUACUAGCGACCAGUAGAAGCGGGUUGAUACAAACGCUUGCUGCCUAAUUAUUUACAAAUUUAUGUUCUUUUUUGUUGCGGUUUUUGUGUUUCUUGUUGUAAUUGUUGUUGUUGAUAUCAUACGAGAUGAGCACAUACGAAAGAAGUGUCUUCUUUUUGGUAAAGCAAGUGUCUAAAUGAGUUCAAUGUUAUUUACUAGUUUUGUGAGUGGAAGCAAAAGCAAGGGUAUUUUUUAUGUCGGAGCUCGUUAAUACUUUGCAUGUGAUGAGAUGAGUCGAGUGUACCAGAUUACAGACAGUAUAGUAAACUAUUUGUAGACAUGUCGCAUGUCACCGAACCUGGUGAAGCUUUACGAAAAAGUCACGUUUUACCAUAAACAAUCUAACCGUAUUUCGCCAUUUGCGGUAGAACAUCUUUGCGUACGGUUGAAGAUGAUCAUGAUCAGAUGAGUGGAGUAUUCAUAUGCAGAUUAGUAGAUAAUACUGCAUGCAAGCUAGAUUAAAAAAAACAUUCGUACUCAUUCUAAGAAGAUCAAUUCCCCACAGCUACCAGUGCAAGGUGAAUCGAAUAGUAUGACUGUACCCCGUUCACAAACCAAUACUGUGGAUCAUUACAAACUCUUCUCACUAAUGGUCAUGGUAAACAAAAACCGUAGUAUCAACAGUGUCGGUGUACGUGUUGACACUGAAUGUACUAAAAAGGGGUUUAUUAAACAGUUUGCUUUCCGGCUGAAUUGUUUCAUUUCUCUUUCUCUCUCUUUGUCUACGUUCUGGUUUCGAACAUGUUUUUUUUGGAGCAUUACUCAGAAAGAAAAGCUUAGACAUGGUAUCACUAAGCUACACAAACAACAUUCGCUACUUCACCAUGCCCUCAGAAAACUGCACAAAACUGUCCGGGGUUCGAUGCGUGUGACGUUUUCGCAUUCCGUUCAUUCGCUGGCAAGCCGCCGAACCGAACGGGUGCGGAUUUUGACCUUGCUGGGAGUGUGUGUGUGUCGUAUAUUUGUAUACUUAGUGUACACGCUGUGCAACGUGAAUAGAUCACUGUGUACUGUGUUGUACCGGUGCAUCCGUGCUUUUAGAUAAGAAGGGAUUGGAAAGCAAACGUGCCCAACGACCGAGGCGGAAGUUCAAUAUCACCAAGUGCACGCCUGGGUGCGGUAGUGUGCAAUGUCGCUUCCAUGCACGUCAUCCUCCGUCGGGAUGGCAAGGGUGCUUAAGCUUCUGGCAGUUGGCGUAGUAGUACAGUCCGUUUUUUUUACGUCACCAUCAACCGCAAUCUCACCGUUACUUAGCAGUACAAGUGUGCCACCAUCAGCCACCUUCUUGACAGUAAACCAGUGUGAAGAAUAUCCCGUUCCGCAGCUAAACUUUGUAGAACGCUCAAAGAUACCGCUCGACUGUCGAUGUCCAAAUGGGUACAUUGCAGUACAUCCACACGAGCAAACGAACAAAGCGUUGUGUGUCGGUAUUCGGGCGGCAGGACCUUGGCAAGAUGGUUGUGUCCAGUCCGGCACCGCUACUGACUAUUAUGAUCUGGAUGUGAACGAGCUUGGUAAAGUGCGGAAGCUUCUGCUUCGCAUGAACGUGUCCGAAUGUUGGAUAUCUGCGCGGCGACUACUGAAAUAUGGCGAGCUGGUGCGAAGAUUGCCUGGCGCUAGAUGGAAUGCCCCUGUAGAGGUGCUAAAGCUACCUGGGGCGGACUACAGCAACGAUCGUGACUGUGCUGCUGUACGGAUCGAUCAACAAUCCGUACAGCUGUCGUACCAGAAUUGCUCAGCUAUCCUGCCUCAGCUGUGCGUAUAUCGGGAAGGUAGCCUUCUUCAGUUGCACUGCGAGGCGAACGAGUUUACUACGCGAUACUCGAGCCACCAGCGUUACUGUUUCAGCAUUAGAAAGACUAGUUUGAACACUAUUAGAAUUCUACGACUAGCGAUGAAGACGAACAGCAGCUUUGUGAUUGAUAAUAAUCGAAAGGGUCAGUUAUUGAUAGAAAUGUACGAUGCCUCGAAGGAUUGUAGCGAUGGCUCCAACGUGAUCUACGCUGAUCAGAAAGAUAAUACGCAUCAUGCACACAGACGAGAUGCGAGCGAUAUUAACAGCAUGUCCAGUAGAGACAUCUCAGAGAUCAGAGAUCUCAUACCAAUCAUUUCUUCGGAUCCGAGGGAUUUUGCCUGUAUUGCAAAGCAGCGGGUUCAGAUUGACAGCGACAGUUUAGUCACGUUAGAUGGUACGUGCCCCGGUAUGUAUCUGUACUUCGAUAAGGCUCGUCAUAAACUCUUCCUUACCGUGUACGGUGGCCGAUGGUUCUGGCGGGAGGAUACUUCCAAUAAUGGAUUCGUAUGUUUCACCAACAUUAACGAUGAACAGCUGCACAGUCUGAAGGUGAAAAAAUUGAGUGCAUCACAUGUCAAGACGGAAGAGCCCGAGAACCGGGUAAUGUACAAGGUAAAGCUGGAAGAGUACGGUCCGCCAAGACCGUACUGGUGUGAAGCCCACUUGGUGCCAAAUUUUACCCUCAUCAAGACCGAUAUCGUACUGGCCCAGCGGAAACCGGACUGUAGACGAUACUUUUCAGCUACGAUCGAACUGGUGCUGAAUCGCUCCUGUACGCGGGCGCCGGACACAUUGCGCCUGAAGGACUACGAUGAACGAAUCGACGAGUACAUUAAAAAUCGUCGCAAACAGCUACCAAAUCUAAAACACAUCUUUGCAGCAAUCAAAACGAUCAACACAAAACGGGUGGAGAAUUUCUGGACUUCGGCUAGCAACGAUUGGUACACCGUACGGCUGUUGCUGCACAUCGUAGCGAAGUGUGCGAAGAAGUGGAACAAAGCAGAACUACUGGAACCCGAAAGCAAUGAAAUCGCAAUGCCUUCGAAAUAUUUGGACUACUAUCAAAUGCACAAAAGCUUAACGCGCGCACUCGAGUCGCUUAAUGGUGACGGAUUUCGAUUCCUUGGAACCAACAGUACAGAGUACUGUCUGCCUGAAAGUCUUCAGCUAUUGCCGGGGAAAAAUGUAUGGUGGCCUGCACGGUUAGGUGAAACGGUUGCACCGAGAAAUCUGUGCCUGAUCGAGCAGAGUGGCCUUCCCGUCACAAGAAGGUGUGUCGGUGACUACCUGUACGGAUGCGCAUGGGACUGGAACCCUGGCAGUGAUCUUUGCUCCAAUCAAAAACGUCCAACAACUAACCUCCUGUAUCAGUACAGCGUUAGUCAGCUGAAUCAAAGUGUACUGGGGGAUGUACUCAACAAGGCGGGCGAUGUAUUAUCCAUCCCGGAGAACGUCAUUCCUGCCGAUCUAUUUUACAUCUCAAAAACGCUCGAAAACCUACCAACACUAUUCGACUCAAAUGUGACGGUUGAUGAUGUGCAGGAUGGACCUAGCCGACAAUAUUUCUGCAACAUUAGCAAUAUCUUGAGUCGGAUAAUGUAUCUAAACGAAACGACCGUUAUGUUAUCACAGAGGGCUCUGAACACUACCAACAUUUUGUUGGAUGCGACCGAAACCAUUGUGAACCAGAUGGCAAUAUCCAACGAUACGCUGGCAUUGAUGAAAGGUGAACAGCACGAUUGUCAGGCACCGGGUGCGGUACAGCAGCUCCGAUCAAAUGAUGGUACGGUAUUGUUUCGUACCUCGCGGUUGAUUGUGUUGAUAGCAGAUCCUGCUGUGGCAAACGUCACAGGACUAGCUUUGUUCCGUAGCUUAGCAAUUGACAGUCUUUCGGAUGGUUUGGAAGCGGACGACCAGGAAGACUUUAGUGAUUAUAGACUGCGGUAUUUGUACAUGAAUCAAUCGAUCGAGUCACUGCUAGCGGAAAGCGAACUUGAAAUAGGAUCGUUCAUUCCGCAGCACGUUAUCGAAGGUUUGGAUGAGCUGAACGAAGCAAUCGCAACGAAUGAUGAGGAGGAAGAUCCCGAUACUGAUGAGGUUAAUACUACACCGGCUAGUGAGCCGCAGGACCCUUUACCCUCAAUACCGCUGCGCAUUAUCAUCACCAUCUACUACAAUGAUCAUGCUUUUCGGGAAACGAAAAAUGGUACCAUCGCACGGCCAAACUCAAAGAUCAUUAGCGUUAAUAUGCCGGGGUACGGUUCCCGGAUGCCGGACGAGAUACCGAUCUACACCCGUGAGUAUGCCCGGGAUCGUCCAGGACGUUGCGGUUACUGGUCGUUCGAAGCGGACAAUUCAUCUGAGUUUGGGCACUGGUCGUACGAUGAAUGCCGUCUGCUAAAUAGUUCCGGCACCCUCUCACUGUGCGGUUGUUUUCACCUAACGUCCUUUUCCCGGCUCACGCAGGAUAUACAGGUGGUGGAAACGGUAGGCGUUUCGCAAAAGCUUAUCGCGGACAAGGGUACGCUUGCGCUGGACAUUAUCACCGCAAUUGGUUGUUCGCUAUCGCUGCUCGGGGUGGUGGGAAUAUUUGCUACCGCCUUACUAUUUCCGAGCUGGCGUGUUAAGGCGAGCAGCAAGAUUCUGCUGCAGCUAUCGUGCGCGAUCGCGGUCGAAAUGAUUAUCAUCUUUCUCGAGGGUCCGGAUAUUGAUCAACACCGGAUCAGCCAGAUCGAAUGUGCCUUACUCGGUGUCAUCUUCCACUACAUCAUUCUGGUGACGUUCAUGUGGAUGCUGAUCACUGCGUACUUGCAGUUUAUGCGCUACGUUAAGGUGCUCGGUCGUUUACGGCCGGCCCAUUUCAUCUUGAAAGCAACGAUUUGCUGCUGGGGUGGCCCAUUGCUGGUAGUCGCUUUGUUUCUCAGCAUAGACUACACGCUAUAUCUGAAACGUGACAACUUGUCGGACAUAUGCUAUCCGCACGGUACAGCCCUCUGGUACGGUUUGCUGCUACCGAUCGGGCUGAUUAUCUUUGUUAAUCUCAUCAGCUUCGUGAUAGUGAUGUACCACAUUUUCACCAUACCGAACAACCUAACCAAGACAGCUGACCACGCAAUGACGAUGGCCCAGCUACGCCUGUCCGUGUUUCUAUUCUUUCUGCUCGGGCUACCGUGGAUAUUCGGCAUGCUGACCACGGGCACGGAGGAUAAACUGUUUGCCUAUCUGUUCUGUCUAACCGCACCGAUACAGGGAUUUGUGCUGUUCGUGUACUUCGUUAUUAUGGACCCGACUGCCCGACGGUUUUGGUACCGCAAGUUGCAUCGUCUACCAUGCGUUGCACACACAGACAAGCAGAUGGAUGGUGAACAUACGACAUCACCAAACACUUCGUUCAAUACAUAUCUUUGAUCGGGAUCCUACGGUGACACACCGUAAUGCAGGUGUACUCACACUGCUCCGAUAUACCGGUAGAUGGCGGUUCUGAGUUUUAUUCAGCAUUUUGAUAGUAGCUUCGGUCACUAAUGACUUACGCCUCAUCCUACUUCAUUCCAACGGUAUGUCACGCAAACACUGCACAUCGUACCAUAUUUAUUGUAACAUUCCUUUUUUUCAUAACCAACAACACCUAGCAGGUAUAGUUCCUUGACUUUCAGUCGGUAGUAAAAUCUCCAUGAUAGUCUUACCUUUUAC